CGCUGUCGCUCGGGUACUAUCUGGUCCUUGCAAGAGUGGACAGAAUAUGUCCGCAAACGUCACCGCCACGGCCCCAGCGGUGCCUGCGCUGGACAACUCGUUCGGGGCUAUUCUCAUCGGAACCUUCAUUGGUCUAACGAUGUAUGGUCUAUCUUUGGGCCAGAUGUUCCGAUAUUUCCACGCCUACGCCGGAGACACGUUGAUUCUCAAGGGCACGGUCCUCUGUCUCUCCAUACUGGACACCUUCCAUUCUAUCGCUUGUAUGCACGCAUCCUAUCAUUAUCUUGUAAACAACUAUUUUAGGCCGCAAGUCCUGCUCGUCGGGGUAUGGUCCGUUCGAAUCUUGGCCCCGGUCACUGGAGUCACCGUGCUCGUCGCUCAGUCCUUCUACGCUCGUAGGAUCUAUCGUCUUGGUUCUGGCUACGCUUUUGUCGUGAUCCCUAUCAUACUGUUCAUGCUUGGCUCUGUCGGUUUCACGAUCGCUGCUAGUUACGAAAUCUUUGCACAAGCGACGUUCGCCAAAUUUGAGCAUUACACCUGGCUCAUGUCCGGCGGGUUCGCGUGCUCGCUGGCCACCGAUGUAGUGCUUACCGUGACUCUGAUUGCCUUUCUUAUGCGGAGCCGCACUGCGUUUAAAAAGACGAACUCGAUGCUUAGCGUUCUGGUGGUAUAUACAAUCAACACAGGGCUUCUCACGAGCGCCCUCAGCCUCGCAUCGCUAGCGUUCGGUCUAUCGCAACCGGAACACAUGAUCUGGAUCGCGGUUAACAUGCUCGCCACAAAAUCCUAUGUCAACGCCGUGCUCGCUGUUGUCAACUCCCGUCGCGGAGUCGCGGAGUCAACACGGGAGACUGGUGGCUUCGGCACCUUCGGCUUGACUGCGCAGCAGCAAGUAUCUCAGCGUAUUCCGGCGCGGAUGGACACCUUCCGUGCGUCGGCUGUGCAGAGGGACGUCAUUGACGUCCAUUGGGACAAUCCCCCUGAGGAUGACGUGCCGAUGAAAAAUCAUGGGGUUGAAUCGAAGCGAGACGGAGACGUGGUGUAAAUUCUCGGUGGCUGUAGCGUUAGUCUUUCGACGUGUAAUCUUCGAGAGCAGGCCUCUGGCUGAACGUUUGUUAGAUAUUGGACUGUAUGAUAGUACUAAUUAGAGAAGUUUCGAAGAGGUUACGG